GAAUCCUCAUCAAACCGACAUCCAUUCUCCUCCUUCGCUCUUCAUGGCGCAAUCUCUUCAACCUCCUCCAUCCCCGCCGCCGUGGGAGGUGCUGCUUCUCGUCGCCGAACGCCUCGACCCCAGAACACUCGCCACCGCCUCCUGCGUCUGCAAAUCCUGGUCCAUUUCCAUGGCCUCCAACAAUCUCUGGGAGCCAAUUUUUAGUGCCAAAUUCCCUUCUCUCACUAACCUCGCCGCCUCCUCCGCCACCACGUCACCUCCCGUGUCCUUCCGCCGCCUCUUUGGCCUCGGCCACACCGCUGCAGCUCGUCGCCGCCCCGCUCCCUCAAAACCCAUCCUCUGCCUAUCCGACCUCGUCUUCGUCAUCAGCGUCUCCAGCACCGACAAAGCUGACCGUUGUAUUGUCGGUGCCGGAGCCAAGAAGGAAGAAAAGGAUGUGCCCGAACCCAUGUUCACCGUUGUGAAGCACGGCGGCGAGCUAGCGGUGGACCGAAACGGGCUGUUCAAAUUCGACAUAAAUGUCAGCAACAGCGACGAGGUGGUGGUGAUCGGAGCUGGAGAGGAGGUGGGGGUGGUGUGGAACGUGGUGCUGGAAGGAUGGAGGGCGGUGUUCACAAUGAUUGAAUGUGGAGGAAGAGUGGGAAUGGCGCCGAGAGCGGACGGGUGGUUCUCGGAGGAGCUGCCGGCGGCGGGGUGCUGCCCGAAGGAGGUGAGCGGCGGCAUAGUGGCGGAUCUGAAACUGGGGGUGUGUAAAAAUGGGGAGGGUGGAAAGAAUGAUAAGGUUAGGAUUGAAAGCGUGAGUGUGGGAAUGAUGAGUGUAUUGAGUUGGAGAUAUGUGAGUUUGGAUGAUGGGUUGAUGUAUUUGCAGCAUUUUUUGUUCAAUCCUUACAAAAAUUAGUUAAAUGUGGGAGGGUGAUUCUGCUAACUUGGGUUGGGUUAGAUUCAUACCCUAGUAGAGGGUCUACCCGAGUCGGCAUUGUAUGAUUUUUUUUUUUUUGCAACACUCGUUUCAACGCAGUUAUAAGUUAACCGUGAGAAAUUCGGGCGUUGUGGACAAUGUUAGUGUAUGUUUGAGUCUCGAGUU